AUGAAUGAUAGAAUAAAGGACACUGAAACAAAGGAACCAUGCGAGACCCUUCCCUACAACAAUUACCCCCACCAAAAUGUCGUCGUUCUCCUCCCAACCUACCACCACCACCGCCGUCACCACCGCCGCCGCACCACCACAACCUCCUGCCUCCUCACCGCCCUCAUCCUCCUCCUCUUCAUCGCCUCCGCCGCCUUCUUCCUCUACCCAUCCGACCCGGAGGUCCGCCUCAUCCGAGUCGGAAUCAACCACAUCGGGAUCCGGGUCAACCCGAAGCCCGUCCUUGACCUCUCGUUCUCCGUCAGAGUUCAAGUUCGCAACAGGGACUUCUUCUCCCUAUCCUACGACUCCCUCGCCGUCGCUGUUGGCUACCGCGGCCGCCAGCUAGGGUUCGUGUCUUCCUCCGACGGUGGCCGAAUUAGAGCGCGUGGAUCGUCUUACGUCGACGCCGUGCUUACUGUUGAUGGGUUUGAGGUCAUCUAUGAUGCUUUCUACUUGCUACAAGAUAUCGCCAAGGGUGUGAUUCCUUUUGACACUGAAACGCGUGUUGAUGGGAAAUUGGGGCUUUUCUUCUUCGAUGUUCCCUUGAAGGCGACAGUGUCGUGCGAGGUGUAUGUGAAUAUAAACAAGCAGGCAAUUGUGCGUCAAAACUGCUAUCCUGAGUCACUGGGAGAUACAUUGGCUCAGAGCGCAGAUAUUGGAGCUGAAGAGAACGCAGAUGUUGGAGCUGAAGUGAACACAGAUAUUGGAGCUGAAGAUACCUGAUAUUGCACUAUCAAUCUUUAGCAACCUUUGUUUAUAAAGUGGUGGUGGUGUUCUAUUCUUUGCGUUGCUUUUACUGUGCUUUAUAAAUUGUAUAUUGUAUGGAUCGCACGCCCUUGUAAAGUAUUGAAUUUAGCUCUAGUACGAGAUAAAAGUGAAGAAUAUGGUCCCUGGUAGUUUUUUCAGAUGACAGGAGAGUGAACUGAAUUCAUCAAGUAGAAAUGAAAUGAUACAUGCAUCGGGACUAAAUUAACCAGCUAA